AUGGCGUCGAGGGCAAGCUCGAGGGCUCCGUCGGCGGGAGGUAGCGCGUUAGAUGAGGAUCUCUUCUUUGACGAUGCUGUGAUGGAGACGGGCACGUGCUACGCUUGCAACUUGGAUGAUGUGCUCACGAACCUCCCCUGCCGCCACGACGGGCACACCUUCCACCAGGGCUGCUAUGAGGGGGUCAGGGCCCACUGGCGAAGCAUGAGCAACUUUCCCGCGGCGAAGGAGGCCAACAAGCAGAACUACAAGAACGACCCCAUGGCGUGGCGAGCUUCGGUGGCUCCGUUUCUCCCGAGCGCCGAGCCCGAGGUUAGGGCCCAGGCAGUGGCGAAUGCGAAGCGGGAGCACGCGGAGAUCGAGGAGCACGUGGAGAAGCAGUUCGACCAGGAGCUGGAGGACGACAUGCUGCUCACCAAGUCGCAGUACAUCGGCUGGAUGCUGAACAACGAGGCGUCGACGAGGACACGCAGGGAGCUCGGGAAGGACUUCGACCGACUUGUGGAGGAGCAGGGGGACAAGCACAAGAACAGGAACGGCGAGAGCCGCGUGAAGCAUGAGGGAUAUGGGACGCUGCGGAAGGGCAAGAGCAACGAAGCCAAAAAAGGCGUGCUGAAGGUCAGCGAGAUCGACGUUGAGACCUACAGCCUCAAGCGACGGAGGUUGACUACGAAGACGGCUUCCACGGCUUGGUCAGUGUCAGGUUCGAGUUCGGGAGUCUCGACGCCUGUGCCGCCAACGAAGAAGAAAGCUGGAAGCGAGCGCCAGGAUCUCUCGGCGUUAGAGUUGCUCCGCAGGCAAUCGAUCCUGUCGCGGAAGAUCGAGGAUGCGCUGAACACCUUGAAUGGCGCCGCAGGCGAGAAGACGAAGAUGACUACCAUGUCGGAGAAGCUGGCCAGUCUCGAUGCCAAGCACCAGCUGCCCACCAAGACCGAUGCGAUCGCCAAGAAGGCCGACGACCAGACGGAGAUCCUGAAGGAGAAGAAAGGUGAGGUGAACCAUUCGACUGUGGAGAACUUGGCGUCGCUCGAGAGGUCCGCCGAGGUCGCCAUCGAGCAGCUGGAGAUCGCCAAGAGGGCCUGCAAGGACCACUACGAGGCCAUGGACUUCGUAUUCAAGGACAGGAAGGUCCAGGAGCGCAAGGUCUACCAGGCCGAGCACCACCAGAUCAUGAAGGUUGCGAACUCCCUGAUCUCGGGUGGCUUCAAGAAGAAGCUGGGGAUCGCGGUUGCGAGAAACAUCCGCGGCUACCCGCUGGCGGAGAAUAAGCUGACCAACCACGCGCUGGGAGUUGCUGCCCCCGAGGACGACGAGGCGGAGUACAGUGGGGACACCAUCCAGAUCUUCUGCAGCGCGGGUACAACAAUCGAGAAGAUGGUCAACCAGUUCAUGGCGGAGUCGGCCACGAAGAUGGAGGCCAAGAUCACGACCAUGGACAACCUCAUGCUCAGGGAGGCGAAGGCGCCAGGGGCCAUUGGCCGCAUCCAGAGCUCGUUGCAGACGUUCGACUUCGCGCCCCUCCCGAAUGACAUGACUCUUGAUGCAGAUGGUGGUGCGGACCCCUGGAUGUUCACAGCUAGGUUCAACGCGUUCAGGUUUGGUGCAGCUGCAGUUCCUCUUCCUGGCGUAGGCUUCGUCAUGAAGAAUUGGGAGAGCCAGAUGUACGUGGGCCUCUUCAAGAUCGAGAGCCUGCUCGAGGACGGUAUCGUGAUGCCGAGCGCCGCGAAGUUCCUUGAGACGGACGACGGCGUCAAGUUUUUCGAGCGCUCCGAGUGGGUGGUGGUUCCGCCGAAAGGGAUCUUGAGUGUGCCGUGGGGUUGGGUCGCGAUGCCAGUGUUCUACGAGCCUAAGAAAACGACGGAAUGGGGCCACGCUUGGUGUUUGGCGAAGCUCUCGGUGACGGAGGCCAAGAGGUGCGGCACGGAUGUGCUGAAGACGAUCAAGGCCUUCAACGAUGACCACAUGAAGGGCUCUGCGGCGGUGCCCAUGUGGAAGGCCAGGGCGACGAAGUUCAGUCAAUUUAUGGAGUCCGUGUUGCAAUGAUCGGGGGUCGCACCACGGAGAAACGAGAAAUGGGGUACGCACGA